AUGAAAACAAAAUUUAUAUGAUUUUGUUUUGACGUUUCCCUGGACUGUACGUAAGACGACAGCAGUCAGUACUUGGUAGAGAGAAAAUGUAGAUAACACACAGAAACAUUCAAGUACUUGAAAAAUGGUGAAAUAUAUUGUGUUUAUGGAUCCAAUAAGACAAGAGGAAAUAGAAAAAUUCUACGAUGCAUGUCAACUACAUAGAGAAUAUUAUAAGGGAUAUCCGAAGCGAUACCAUCCGCUGACCUUCUUCAAGGAGCCACAAUACAUGUUUCAAUGUCCUCCUGAAAUGUCUCAGGUUUAUUUAAGCUUCCCACCAUUCCACGUGAAAUACAAGCAACCAGUAGCGUUGCCUUCUUCCACAGACCGAACAUCAGGUUUUCCAGCGUUACCCGAUAGAAGCCUAAAAGCCCGGUUUAAUAAGGGACCUUGUAAAGCAUUUGUAAGGUAGUAAAACAAAAAGGGUUGUUGGGGCAAAACGGAGAAAACGAAAAAAUAUUUAAUUUAAUUUUUAAUAAACCUAUUUCGAAGGUA